ACGUCACCCUUUUCUGCCCAAUGACGGCGUCUCCAGUCACGUGACCAGCAGCGCAGCAGAUUUGAAUUGUUAUGUGUUGUCGCGUCCGGACAUUUGAAUGCGUGACUGAUAAAAAAAACAAGUUUUGUUUGCAGCUGUCGAAAGAAAAGAGGAGAAACUGCAGCGAGAUGGAACGUGGGGCUAACAGCGAUAUCUUUUCUCUGCUGGACGAGAAGUUCGAUUUCGAUGUUUCUCUGUCACCUGAAAGCUUCAAGGGUGAAGACGCGGAUGACGUGUUCCUGGAACCGUGCGUCAAUGGCGUCAUGUGUGCGCCUGUGAAACCGGUCCACCGCCUCGAGGUGAUCGCCGCUGAUGUGCGGACGAGCUGGAGCCCGCUCUCCGGGGACCAGCUGGACGCCGUGUGCCUUGAAGCUCAAAGACUGGCCGACCGGCUUCAGAAAAGUUCCGGUCCCCCGGACGGCGAACGCUUCGUCCAGGACUUCGCGGCCAAACUGGGCGCGCUCUCUCAUCCCCCCGACAUGUGUACGCCGGUGAAACGGCACACCUUCCUGAUGCAGGACAGUCCCAUGAAGGACCUGCCCCCCGCCAUCCAGCACCGCCUGCAGAGAGGAAGCGGCGCCACUCGCUCCUCCCACCUCGCGUCGUCGUCCAGCAGACUCAGAUCUUCCAGCCCGGCCGGCGCCGCCAACACCAAGGUGGCGCUCCGUGGCAAAGCCGUGCUGGGCGCGGUUCUUCCCAGCAAGCCGUCGGCGCCCAAGACUUCCUGUGCGGCGGAGCGAAGUCGAUUGCAUGCCUCCAGCAAGGUUUCAGCGCCUCGGAAGGUGAGUCCGAGUCCCGGUCUUGCCAGCCGGGCGCGGUCCUGCGAGGAUCUACUGUCGGAUUGGGCGAGCGUGGCCUCGGAUGUCAGCGACUCCUCGCUCAACUCCAGCAUGGUGGGGAAGCGAGCACUGGCCCCGCCCACAAAGGUCGUGAAGAAGCAGCAAGCUCCGCCCCCUCCCAGCAGGAGGCUGACGGAGAGAAGGAUGACAUCGUCGUCCUCGUCCUCCGUGUCCAGCGUCAACUCCAGCAUGUCCUUGUCGCCGGGCAAAGGUAAGCCCAACCCCUCGCUGGGCCGCAGCCUCAGCGCCUCCACCGCUAAUGUCGGCCGGCCCGCCAGUCGAAGCACGCGCCGCUCGGGCCUCGCCGUCCCGGCGGACCCUCCUUCUUGCGCCCGCAGCCGCCUCACGCUGUCCGGUCAGACGGGGGCGACUUCCAAGGCCGUCAGGUCCACGCCGCUGAAGAGGGCCGAGGCCACGCCCCUACAGUCGCCGUCUUCCCGAAGGACCUCAGCGAAGGCCACGCCCGUCCCACCCGUGGCCGCCACUCCGGCUCGGCUAACCAAACUUCCGGCUUUGGCCACGCCCACACAGAGCCGAGGGGCGAGUGUGGCCGGUGUGUCACAGGUGCUGAAACCAAAGCGGCUGGUGUCCUUGGCGGGCGUGGACAGUCUGCCUCAAAAGGCGCCGCCAGGCCCCUUCACCCCUCCCAGGGCGCCGCGUCCCUCCGGCCUCCCCACCCCGCUCAAGCGCAGGAUGUCCGCCAUCCCUACGGCCACGCCCACCAACCAGGCCAGGGCCGCGAGACGGUCCCCCCCUCGCAGCCCCGCCCCCGCUGACCCUAUCAGGGCGGGGCCUGUAUUCUCCCUGGAGGAGGCAGAGCCUACUUCUGUCCCGCCUCCUGCUGAACCCAGCCCCCACCAAUCAGAGAGCCCAGAGACACCGAGCCAAUCAGAGCCCGGGAAAGACCUCAUCGACCUGGGGAACCACAAGCUGAUACCAGAGGUCCUCCUCCUCGACCUCCCCGCCCCGUCUCCGCGGCCUCACGAGAAACUGCUCAUCGACCUGAGGAACACACCUGACUUUAUCAGGACCAGCAGCAAGGGCGGGGCCCCCGCGCAGCUGAUCGACUUGACUUCUCCGCUCAUCAAGUGGAGUCCAGAAGACAAGAAAGAGAACAACGCUCCGCUCAUCAACUUGUCCUUCUGAGCGCCACCCUGGCCACGCCCCCUUUGUGAACUGUCCAAAACAUGAAGUUGUUUGUUGUCUUGCUGCUCUUUUUACUCCUUCUUGUCCAAAUAAAUGUUCAACAUUUAA